AUGUCGGAAAAUAAUACGAGUGAGAAUUCCGCCGGUGACGGCACUCCGAUGCCGGAAAACCCGAAGUUCCCGGAGGGCCUGCGAGUUCUUCUCGUCGAUGAUGACCCCACCAGUCUUAAGACAGUGUCAGCCAUGCUACAAAAGUGCAAGUAUCGAGUUACGCCAGUGACAAUCGCAACUGAAGCGCUGGCGUUGUUAAGGGCGAACAAAGAUGACUACGAUUUAGUCAUGACUGAUGUUAGAAUGCCGGACAUGGAUGGGUUUGAGCUCCUGAAAAUAAUUGGCCUUGAAAUGGACAUCCCAGUGAUAAUGAUGUCCGUGGAUGAUAAACGGGAAAAUGUAAUGAAGGGUGUCAUGCAUGGAGCUAGGGACUACUUGGUGAAACCUAUCAGAAUUUUGGAGCUUCAGAACAUUUGGCAACAUGUGUUGAGGAAAACUGCCUUGGAUCCAGAAAAGUCAUCGUUGAUCACUGAAGAGAUAGUUGUGGGAAACUUACCUCUUAAAAAGCGACAAGGGAAAGACAAGGAAAAGGAAGAUGCAAAUGCUAUCUCCGACGGGUCCUGCUCUAUGAAGAAACGAAGGUUUGCUUGGACACAAGAGCUGCACCAGAAGUUUGUAGAAGCAGUUCAUCACUUGAAUGCAGAUAAAGCAGUCCCGAAACAAAUAGUUGACAUCAUGAAAGAGCCUGGGCUUACCCGAGAAAUCGUUGCUAGUCAUCUCCAGAAGUACAGGAAUUAUUUGAAGAGAGAACAGAUGAGGAUGACAGAAAGCGGUGUCUAUAAUAAUGGUCAGAAAGGAAUACAUGAAGCUUACCUCAAUCCUACUCCAACUUCAUAUUCAGAUUAUAGACCUAUAUUAAGAGACCCAAACAAUGGCUGCAGCAGUGGCAGUGGUACAACUUCCUUCCGCGAUCACUUGCCAAAACCAGAAGCAUUAACCAAUUCUCAGCUGAAUGAUUCCUUUAUGAUUGGUUCUCUAAACCAACAGAGCUUGUGGUCUCAGCAGACUUACAACCCACCUCAUAUGCCAAAUCAAGUACAAGCACCCAAACCUACUUCAGUGCUUGGAAAUAUCCCAUUAGCUCAGGCUCAGCAAUGGGUGGCAAAUCCUCCAGGAAGAGUGAUGUUUGGGGAUUAUGUUAAUAUGUCAUCACAAAUUCCUAAUUUUGGCACUGUGCAAGCUGGCCCUCAACUUGGUUUUGCCAAUUUUGCUGGCCAAUCUGGUUUUCCUCCUAGCAAAUUGCCAUCGACUGAGAAUGCCUUACAUCCAGGCCCUUCUGGUGCUUUUGGCAUUGUUGGAGCUCCUUACCAGAUGCUGGACGGGGCUUCAAACCAAAUCAGUCAACCUUUUCAGCGCAAUGUUUUACCUGGGCAACACAAUGGAAAUGUCAUCUCGACUGCUUUCAGUGGAGGAGUGGGCUCAGAUUGUAGAGGAUAUCCAGUUGACUUCGGGGACAUGGACAAACCUAGAGUCAAUGGACAGGGUGGUCAGGGUGCAUAUAUGCAGCUUCUUACAGAAAAGAUGGAUAACAAUUAUCACAACAGUUUGAGUUCCAUUGAUGAUGAAUUAUCUACUGAAGGGGAACAGAUUGCACCAACUUCAUCAGCCCCUAUGAAAUGA